AUGGCAUUUUCCACACAAGUCAUAGUCGUCCUUAUUCGUACACUUAUACCUCGCGCCACGAAUUGGCAACACGUCACAUUUAUCGCAACCAAUGCCUACGUGUAUGAUUACACGUAUCAUAUUAUAUUUACUGUACACAUAUGUACGAGAAACUAUGAAAAAACUUUCCAAAAACUUUCCAAAACUUUCCAAAAACUUUCCAAAAACUUUCCAAAAACUUUGGUCUUUUUGGUUAGAAAUGUAAACGAUAAUCGAAAAAAACUUUCCAAAAACUUUCGAAAAACUUUUGUCUUUUUGGUUAGAAAUGUAAACGAUUAA